UCGAACCUCCUUCAGCGACCUGAAGAGCAAUGCUCGCUCAACUCUGCCACGGCAGUCAACAUUUCCGGAAGACGUUGGAACAGCUGCCGAUAUGCCACACAUAGGCAAGCAGCGCUUGUCCAGGGUCGUGUCAUCAUCGGCAUUGGACGUUGAUGCUGGUUUUGGAGCCUCGUCCGCAACGGUUAACAGCCUGGAGUCGAAGAGAGCAACGAACGGGACAAACGGGGAGACACAACGGUCGCCUGGACUGCCGGGGCUACCAGAGAGCUUGAGCAAGAUUGACAUUGAACAAGCUAUCAACCUGCUGCAACAGUUGAAGAAGACUGCAUCUCCCGAGGAAUUGGUGUCCUUGCACAAAGCACUCCUGCCGACGAGAGAUGUCUCCCCCGUGCCUCCGCCUCAGCUGUCGUCGAUCGAAGAACAUGCAGCCUUCUCCGCUCUUUCUGGCAGAACUAGUUCGGCAAGACCAGCUGGACUUGCAACUCGAGGUAGCUUCCUGGAAGACCCACUGCGUUCACAAGAUGAAGUCGCUGCGAAAACCACGAAAGGCAAGGACUCUUCUGCCGAGCAACAUGGCGCGUGGUUCCAAGAAACCAUGUCAGCUGUUCAUGCCAGGACGUUCUCAAUUACCAGUACUGGGACAGCUCCAGAUUCUUCCUACUCCAGACAAGGCGGUGCUUUUAGCCCAGGCACUUUGCGCGUCACGAAUGGACGUCCUGCGUCACCUGAGCCUGCCACAACACUGAAACUAGUAGCUUCAGAGGACAAAAGCAGCCCAAAGGAGGAGAUACCGCCGGCGAGGAGAUCGGAAGAUGCACCUGUCCUGGUCUCUGGCGACGCUUCUCAGGCUACCUCGCAACAACGCCAGCGUCGUCAUAGUCAGGACUCGCUUGGCUCGGGAGCAUUGCUCUCGCUUGCUCAGCGACGCUCGCAACAAUGGGGUCUGCGCACUUCGCGGCCCAUUCCGUCACUAACCAGUGUUGUUCAGCCCAAGCCCCAAGGACCACGGCCAGAAACACUGAAGCCAGAGCAACGACAGAAAAGCGAAACCAAAGACGAUGCGCUGCCUGCUCGUCGCUCAACUGACAUGCCCCGAUUCGAGCAAAGAUGGAACCAGAGGGCGAAGCAUUUGUCCAACGAGUACCUGCUCGACUGUGACAUUGUCACAAGUCCAUAUGUAGAACAGGUGCACGAGUUGCCUUCCCAUCGACUCAGCACUGUCAAGGAUCUGGACGAGGAUGAAGAGGAAGACGACGAUGCCUGCGCAAAGGCGCUGCUGAAGCUCACCAGUCGCCCUCCUGCCUUGGAACAGAUACAAGAUGGGAACGAAGGCGGCGAGAACUCUGAAGAAGCCUCCGCGCCCAACAAGGCGCCGUUCCUCAGGAAUUCGCCUCCGGCCUUGCGAAAGCAAGAUAGUGGCUACUACUCGGAAGCGUCCAACUCGACACCUAAGCGCACGAGCCCGACUGGCGCCAGCAGAGCAACGACGCUGGAGACGACUCCGGAGAAGUCCCCUGUGCCAGCAAUUGACAUCAGUACUGCCGCUCCAGUGAUACCGGCCUCAUCAGCCGCAAAUGCUGAAGCCAAAAGUGCUGCGGAUCCUCGUAGCAGUUCUACAAGCUUACACAGUCCUCGGAGCGCCACUGCGCAGAAAGAUGCACCACCCGUGGAGAGCAAAAGGAAGCUUUCGCCGUUGGCCAUAUUCCGAUCCCGCGCUCGCGAUGCGAAGAAGAACCGCGUAGCUGCCAACACGUCUUCUGUCGCUUCUCAGCCAUACGAAUCGCUCCCGCAGAGUCCUUCUGCUCAAUCCUCUCAUACCGGAAAGACCUCGAUAGAGACGCGACGCAGAACAUUGCAGAAGAAGCUUCCUGAGCCUGUUCGUCAGCAGAGAAAAGAGGAGCAAGACAGGGCUCGACAGUCUAUGGAUGUUUCUCAGGCGACCGUGGGUACGCCAGUGACAGACUCCCCUACGCGCAUGCCGGAGCAGCAGUCUACACCCGCGACCCCAACUUCAGCCCAGACCAUCAUCAAGCACGUUCCUCCAGCCAAGCAUAAUUCAGAUGCGGAUGAUGAGGGCAGUGUCAGUUCUUCCCCUCACCCUAGUCAGUCCAGCCAUCGAUCUUCGAGGUCCUGGGGUGGAAGAGGCAAGAGCUUCGGGCGAAGGAGCAGCAAGACCAUACCAGAAGAGAGUGUCGAGCAGCCCCCUGUGCCUCCUCUGCCAAGCUCGCUCGAGCGUAAACGUAGUAAAAGUCUCGCAGGGCCUGGGAAAGCGCUUUCUAAGCGUCCAGGCAAUCUUGAAAACAUGGCGAAUGCAAGUUGCAUACGAAGUCACAACGAGACCACUGCCGACCCGGUUCAUUCCGACUUUCAGUCUGCGGCCAGGGCUCUCGAGACUAUUCCGCAAAAAGAGAGCGAAGGCAGCACUAUUGCUUCGGUUCCAAGAGGCGUACGUCGGGCCAGCCUGCGAGGCAAGAAGAGCCGUGAGAACAUGACGAAGCCAGCCAAGGCAGAAGCAGCAACACCAGCUCAACGAGUGGCGCCAAUCCCUGCAAAGAGGUCUGUCCAAGACCUCUAUCCGGAGUGGCAGAGCAAACCUGCGUCGGAGGAGUCGUCGCCUGCUGCGCAGGAGGCACAAAUCGCAGCAGCGCAGCCACAGAUCAGCCUGCGCGGUUUUCCAUCUCAUAGUAUUCCUCCACUACCAGAGCUGCCUACGGACCUGGAAUCGAUACUCUGCAAGGCCGAUCUGAUGAUGUCCAAGAAAAUGAAGAACAGUCCGAAGGCAUCGCCCACAGCCCAAUCUCGCAGCAGCGCAGAGUCGGGUCGUGAUCAGAGCUCGACCAACCUGGCUCCACAGGACCAAGACCUCAGCUUAUCGCUUUUCUCACAGACCGUGGUGGGUGAACCGCCUAUUGCAGAGGGCCCCAGCGACACCGAGAUGCCAGCCGAGGCCGACAGCAAGCCAUUGCACCGAAGACAAUUCAGCUUCGAGCCUCUGAUCAAGCCUCCUCGGGCCGCUGAGACAAAGUCCAAACCUGCAUCGCCUACCCACGAUGCCCAGCAUUCUGGUUGGCCUGGGUGGGAGCACCAAUCCGCGAGAUGGCAUCAACGUCUCUCGGUCAUUGGAGGCGCCGCUGAACUUCCAGCAGCUGACGAGAUGAGCCCAGUCGACAACACCACACCCACUGCAAACAGUCCGACCUCGCCGUCGAUUGUCGUCUCCAGUCAUGUGACACCGCCCGCGUCUGAAGAAGCCGCGGAUAGUACCAGCACGGCUCACAAACGCCGCAGCACUGUUCAAGUGGUUGGCCAUAUGCCCCAUGACAGUGAUUUGGAGAACGAGUCGGCCGUGCCCAGCCUGCGUCGCUCAAAUAGCAUCGUCUCGACUGCCACGUAUGUGACAAUGUCGUCCACUGAUGGUCGUGCGUCGAGGAUUGUGGAUCUUUCGAGGAACAGCGCCAUCUCUCACACCACGACCACUACCAUGACUACCACGGUCUCUUCGCACACAUCGCUCUACACGAGCAACAAUGGCAGCACUAGCAGCGUGGCCACGGGACGCAACCGCAGUGCGUCGCAAGUCUCACUGACCAAUUACAUGCCGUACCGUCCUGCCGACUCUGUACAGGCCGAGCGUUCACGGGCACUGAACAUGGCUCGUCGAUCUUGUCAGGUCAUGAAGAGUGAUGUGGACAAGAUGAGGCUGGGCCGUCAGCCCAGCCGAUCCAAGCCCACCUCUCCCAGCGGAUUCAACCGCUACGGUGGUGGGCUCGAAUUCGGAUGGGAUCGCCAGGCGGGUCUCGUAGGUAGCGCUGGUACACGGAGCUCUUCGAGCGACAACCUGAGCAGAAAGAGCAUCAAGAUUAGUGAGGACUAUGGUCUGGAUCUGACCGACGUACCUGUCUUCUUGCAGCGCAGGACGUGAAAGAGGACGAGAAACACGGUCGUCGGGCAGAUGCAGCCUCACAGAGGCAACGAUUUUCCUUGUGUGGAAUAUUAUAGCGGUAAUCGUGACUUUUACACAUGAUACCAUGAAGGCCCGCGUAUAUAUAUGGAGGCCAGCUUUAAUGUUGAAUGUAUACACC